CCCCAUGUGGAUUCGAUGUCUUUUACAAGAGUGCUGGUUCUGAGAACCGGUGAGUGUAAACUCGACUUUUCGACCAGGAUGCUCUGGUCGACCUUAGGUGGUCUCCCCUUUAGGGUGACCAGAGGAGAUCAAAUCCAGAGGGUGUACCUGUAAACCUUCUCUCAGUGUACGACAUGUGUUGCCUACACAUUCGGUUCGUCUAUUUAGGAUUAUUCUAAUAUAAUCCCAAUGUCAUAUUAUAAAAUGUUUGACAGGAAGUUUGUAAUAUGUUUCUCUAACUAUUCCACAGACCAGGAAGCCCUAUUUACUCUUUAAACAGUAUUGGUAUUGGAAAUUAAGGGGUGGCUGUUUCUUAAUCCUCAAAUCAUUUUGAAUUUCAUGCCUCAUAAAGUUAUUACUGACAUCAGAACAAAGGGUAAUUAUACGAAAGGAAGCCAAUAUCAAACGUACGUCGAAUACAUCAUGAUGGCCCUGAAACAGUAGGCCCUAAUAAAAGAUUCUGGGAAUGCUGGAUUGACGAGCUCUAGUCAAAUAUCGGUCGCACAGAUAACACAACAUAAUGUUAUUAGGUCAUUUUCUUCGCAUAACAACAGAUGAUUAAUGGCCACUUUGCAGGUUGAUCCAGCAAGCAACACGAAUUUCCUGGGCUUCACCGUGGCAUCCUUCGGCCUAGCCCAGUGCUUCGGCUCGCUGCUCUUCGGCUGGUGGGCCGAUUACUUUAAGUCGGUCAAGCGGGCCCUGAUCUACUCGGCAGGGCUGACGCUGAUCGGCAACCUGGUCUACUUCGCGGCCGACUUCGUGCCGAACAACGGCCGCUGGGUGGUCCUCGCCGGACGCUUCUUCAUUGGUCUCGGCGCAGGUGACGUUGCACUGGGCCGCACCUACGUAGCCUCAGCCACCACCGUCCGUGAACGCACGGACGCCGUAGCGCUGAUGAGCGCUUGCAUCUCGAUAGGCUAUAUCACCGGGCCACUGUUACAGACGGCCUUUGCAACUAUCGGCUAUCCUGGAUGGGCAUUCCUCAACAUGUACUCCGUACCUGUCCUGUUCAGUGCUGUGAUCGGGGUUGGAAACAUCGCUCUUCUCGCCAUCAAAUUCAAGGAUUCCCCGGUGGCAGACAGACUCAGCGCCAAGCAGGAGGAGUCCAGGAGGAAAUCCAAAGUGGGAGAAAACCUGGUCAGCAAGGAAGAUGCCGACAAGAUAGAGAAGGCUGUCCGCGGGCUCACGGAAGAUGGCAACCACAACAACGGAGACGUCAAGAAACGCAGCAGUACAACGAGCGGUUGGAGCCAGUCCUUGGACGAUGAGGAAGAUAACGCUAAGCUAGACAUUGUCGCUGUCAUCGUCAUCAAUAUCCUUUUCUGCGUCACGUCAUUUGUCUUCUCUGCACUUGAUACUGUUGGUACUGCCCUCGUGAUGGACGAGUACGGGCUGAUUCAGGACAAGGCCAUCUUAUAUCAGGGACUUCUACUCGCAUCCGUCGCUUUCCAGUUCAUCAUAGUCGUCUUGCUUCUCAAACCUCUGAAAAAACUUUUGAGCGAGCGAGCCAUCUUCCUGAUGGGUUUCGUGAUAGCCGCUGUCGGCAUGUUUAUCAUGCUGCCUUGGGGAGACACGUUCCUCUCGGACAUAUCAGCAGCGGAGAAUCAAGAUUUAUUCGACCAGUUCCUCGGAGGAAUAAAUCCCUGGCCGGAAAUCUGUGGUGUCUCCGAGUCCGCAGGGGCACUGUCCGCGAUCCUCCCGGCCCAGGGAGCGGGAAACCAGGCCGUGGGGAUCUUCAGCGGCCCGGUCGACACCGGAAGCAGCAACCUGACCUACGGCGUCUGCUGGGAGCUGUACGAGUGGUGCUGCUGGUCGCCCAGGCUGUACAUCUCGCAGUAUCUGAUCGGCUUCCUGCUGUCCAUGGGCGUAUCCUACGGUUUCUGCUUCAUCAUGGCGUCCACCAUCUACUCCAAAGUACUUGGGUUAAAAAACCAGGGUAAAAUGAUGGGAUACCUGACUGCGGCCGGCUCGCUGUCCCGCAUCGUGGGACCCAUCUACAUGGGGCAGAUGUACGGGGCCUUCGGUCCGCGGCUCUCCUUUGCCAUCAUUCUGGCCAUGCUGGUCGUCUCCGUGUUCCUGUGCGCCUGGAACUACUCGCGUUUCGUCCCGUUCGGCAUGAAGGAGAUCUACCAGGUCCACUUCUCCGACAUGGAGGCCUACCUGGCUCGCCAGAACAAAGGGGAACAGGGGGAAGGGGAGGAGGGCGGGGCUUCGGGCAAGGACAAAGGGACCAGUGACGGCGUUUACGUCACGAUCGAGGACACCAAUCUGUGAAGUAAAGGGACACCACACACACAAAAUAAAAAAAAAAAUCGGAAGGAUAGCGGACUUCAAGAAUUAAGAUGUAAAUAAUCGCGUCUUAUAAAGACUACAAGAACGAAGUCAGUCCGUUGGCGUAUGAUGCAUCCUUUUCUGUGUUGUUCUAAUGCGUACGGCGGGUUGCCAGCAACCGAUAAUGACAAUUGGCUUAUCCGGGAUCUUAAAACUGUUUAGAUCAACAAAGACGUUUGGUAAUGACUAAGAGCUUCAAGCGAUGCGAUUCAUGUUUUUAAUUUUUUUUUAUUUAGCCGCACUGUUCAACUUGUAAAUGAAUACAACUAUAUUUCAUCCUCGUAUAAAGGUUUUCCAGUGAUAAUGCGAAAAAUACACAGGGGAAGUCAAGAAGAAAGGACAAAUUGAAUGAACCAACAGAAGCAGUUGAUUUUUCAUUUAUUUAUUAACACUAUAUGUCACCUCUUCGUGUAAUUACUUAUUCCCCGAAUCUGUUGCUGAAGGCGUUCGAAUGAUCGUAACAGAGGCAUACGAAUAACUGUACCAGCUGUACAUAGUUAAUAACAGAUGAUUAUUUGUAAAAAAUCUGAUAUACAAGUCUCAGUUUAAUUCACGUCAUCUUAACACUCGAGAAGCCAUUUUGUAACCAUUUCUUCCAACUGGGACAGAUUUCGCCCGGGGUCUUGGCAGUGAAAUAAUAGAUGUCAUCUCGUUGCUGGUCACGUAAAGUUCAAGUCCAAUCGAACCUUGUCUUUUAUCAUCAUCGUCACUUCGUAUGAAGGUAUACUUAAGUCGCACAGGUAACGGUGCAUCAAAUUCACAAACAUUUAUGAAGUGUCCCACUAGCAAGAAUUAAAUAAAAUUAUACAAAGAA